GAUCAAUAACAGCCGUUGGAUCACAGGAAAAAAAGUUACCGCUUUUAAGGGCGUAGGGCUUUUCUUGGGAGCAGAUCGACCCGACACUACUGUAAUAGUAUAUUAUGUUUCCAUAAUUUUCAUAUUUUUGAAAGAAAGUAAAUAAGCAAAGUAAAGAAAUAAGGAUUUUAAACAGAGAUCGGGAUUUGAUCGAAGUCGUCUUUAGUUUUGUACUCUGUCCUACUUUGGACCUCUAAUAAAUAUUCUCUCUCUCUCUCUAGAUGGUGUUUGUGAUUUGAAAAUAUUCAAAUAUUUAAAUAUAUGAGCAAAAAAAGACAGGAGGAGGAGGUGUUUGUGUUUUAAUUUAAUAGUCUUUUUUUUUUGAGGAAGAGAAGUGAGCAGUUUGUAUUUGUUUCUGCAAGAUCUCUCAACAGCUCUCCCAGCUUUAUUAGGUUCUUCUUGAUCACAUUAACAAAACAUUUUUUGGCGUCCUUGUCGUGUCUGCUGGGCAAGUAAGUAUGUAUUACUAUUAUUCACGAAAACAAUGUUCUAAAUCUCAACUUUUGUCUCCCAUAAUUGCUUUGAUUAUCUUUCUUUCAAGAAGUGGUUUAUUAAAAUUAAUUCAUUCAUUCUGAUUCCAAAGUUCCAAAUCCACAAUUUUGAAUCUACUUCUCUCAUUCAUCGAGCUUUUUCUUUCUGGGUUUAAAAGAACACCUCUAAAGUUAAAAUCCUUUUGUUUUUUGGGUAACAAAAAAAAAGAUUGAAUGAUAAUUAUAUUGCGAUUCUGAAUCUUCUUAAAGGUCGGCUUCUUCUUUGUGGUUGAUGUUUAUAAUAGUCACAAUAUAAAAAAGAGAGAGAGAGAGAGAGCGAGAGAGCUAAAGUGAUGACUAAUAAAAAAAAGUAGUGAUCUCAAACUCAGUUUUGCUUUUCUUUUACCAAAGUUAUUGCUUUUACUCACCGAUACAAGACAAUUCUGUAAUUCAGAAAAGUUCCAAGUUGUGUUUCUCAAUGGAUGCAUCAUUUCUCAAAGUCAACUGCUAAAAACCCAACAAGGUAAACAGUCUCCUGAUCUGGCUGACACUUGAGAGAGUUUCAGAUGAGGUCAAAUUAAAACCCAAAGGGACAAUAAAGCUUUGAUUUGUAUUCAAAUGGGAACGAUGGCAGAAUUGGGAAGCAUGGGAAAGUUUGAAGAGCAGAAGCAAUCUAAACAGAUAGUCUUAUAUAGAGAAUCAGCUGAAGAAUGGCUAUCCCACGUCCAUUCUCUCAUCCCAUCCGUCCUCCACAAAGCCAAAACGGUUCCCAAUUUCACAGGAAGAUGGAAGACCAUCAUCUCCAAGAUCCAACAGAUCCCAGGCUGCUUAUCCGACCUCUCAAGCCACCCUUGUUUCUCCAAGAACAAGCUCUGCAACGAGCAGUUGCAAUCCGUGGCUAAAACACUCAACGAAGCCAUGGAGCUCGCCGAGUUGUGUUCAGCUGACAAGUACGAAGGGAAGCUGCGUAUGCAGAGCGAUCUCGAUGCUCUGUCUGGAAAACUGGAUUUGAAUCUAAGAGACUGCAUGGUUUUGAUCAAGACGGGAGUUCUAGGCGAAGCUACGUUGCCUCUGUACAUCUCAAGCUCAUCGGAAACACCCAAAAUAUCAAGUCUAAAGGAACUUCUGGCAAGGCUUCAGAUAGGUCACUUGGAAUCAAAACACAACGCACUGGAAAACCUGAUUCGGGUGAUGGAAGAAGACGAGAAGAUGGUGAUGCCUUUGAUGGGAAGAGGCAACGUAGCAGCUUUGGUUCAGCUGUUAACAGGUUGCACAAGAAUCAGAGAAAAGGCGGUGACUCUGAUCAGCGUCCUAGCGGAAUCAGGACACUGCGACGAGUGGCUCGUCUCCGAAGGCGUGCUGCCUCCUCUGGUGAGGCUAGUCGAAUCAGGAAGCCUCGAAGCCAAGGAGAAAGCCGCGAUCGCGAUCCAGAGACUGUCGAUAACAGAGGAAAACGCGAGGGAAAUCGCAGGGCACGGAGGAAUCACGCCGCUGAUCGAGCUCUGCAAAACGGGGGACUCGGUGUCGCAAGCGGCUUCAGCAGCUGCGCUGAAGAACGUAUCGGGAGUGGCGGAGCUGAGGCAGUUGCUGGGGGAAGAAGGGAUGGUGAGAGUGUCGAUACAUCUUCUAAACAAUGGGAUACUGUUGGGAUGCAGAGAGCACAUGGCUCAGUGUUUGCAGAAUCUCUCUGCAGCGAGCGAAUCUCUACGCGAAGAAAUUGUUUCGGAAGGCGGAGUCCCGAGCCUCUUGGCUUACAUCGACGGCCCUCUGCCGCAAGAACCGGCGGUUACGGCGCUGAGAAAUCUAAUCCCGUCGGUAAACACGGAGACGUGGGUGGCUCUCAACUUGCUCCCACGAUUAGCGCACGUGCUAAUGUCAGGAUCGUUAGGCGCGCAACAAGCAGCGGCGUCUGCGAUCUGUCGAUUCGGUAGCUCACCGGAGGCGAAGAGGCUAGUGGGAGAGUCAGGGUGCGUUCCGGCGAUGGUGAAGCUGCUGGAAUCGAAAUCAAACGGGUGUAGAGAAGCGGCGGCUCAAGCGAUUGCCGGAUUGGUGACGGAGGGGAGAGUAAGAAGGGAGUUGAGGAAAGACGGGAAGAGCGUGACGAAUCUGGUGAUGCUGCUGGAUUCGAACCCUGGAAACACAGCCAAAAAGUACGCCGUGGCGGGGCUAUUGGGAUUGGCGGGGAGCGAGAAGAGUAAGAAAGUGAUGGUUUCGUACGGUGCCAUCGGGUAUCUGAAGAAGCUCUCGGAAAUGGAAGUGAUGGGCGCUGAUAAACUUCUCGAGAAGCUUGAGAGAGGAAAGCUCAGAAGCUUCUUUCACCGCCGGUAAAAAAACACAAACGAAGUGAUGUAACGUUUAUAUAACCGUUUAAGUACACUAUUAAAAAGCCCGUUGGGCUUUAACUCUCUUAAGCUGAUAAAUAUAUUGGGCUAUAAAUAUUCACUACAAGCCCGCAACGAAAAA